UGAAGACGUUGUUCGCCAAGCUUCGCAAUCAACAAACGCGACACGACGCGACACGCGACUCAACCACGACGUCAUGGCACCGACGCGAUCAAACGACAACAAUACGAAGAAGCGACGGGGCAGGCCUCCUGGAAGCCGCACAUCUGUCACAGCGACCAAGCGAGUCGCAAAGCCCGCAGCUAAGAAGGGCAGGACCUCGCGAAAGCAGGCAAUAUCUGGACAGGCUGAGGACGAGGACGUGGAUGAACUCUCGAGAGUGGGCCGGACUGCGACCAAACAAACAACAAAGCCAAAGGGCAAGAGGACAAAGAAGCAACCUUCGCAGGGAGACUCCGAAGAUGAACUUUCAAUAGCAGUGGACGUUGACGGGGACGAUGACGAGCUUUCGAGAGCAGACAAUGCGCAGCCAUUGCGACCGCGGAAGCGUAAGGUAGACGCUGAACAGAAUGUCAUUGCCGAAGAGCAGUCAGAGCCGCGCAAGAAGUACGUGCAACUGGAGGUGAAGACAAAAAGGAUACCCCAAGAGCAGAUAGACUCGUGGCCGCAGGUCUCUACGCAAGUCUUGGAGCAGAUCGUCGCUGUGAUUCGCGAUGCGAAAAAGGACAUUGCGAACACGCAGCGGGACGAGCGCAGAGUUAUUGCGGCACACAACAUUCUAAAUCCUCUCGUACAAAAGUUGGCACGUGAGCUGUCAAAUUCGCGAAUACCACCUCAGGCUAAAGAUAUACAUUUCAACAUCGACAAGCUCACAGAGCGAAACGCGCAGGUCUUUCGAGAAGUCACCACCGCCCGGCACGCAAAGCAGCUCCUCAGCGAGCAGGUCAAGGUGGCCGAGCAUUUACUGAAGAAGGACGAGGAGAGCCUGGAGGAACUGAAGACGAACGCAAGGAAGUGGAAGGCAGAGUGGAAACACCAGGAGAAGCAUGGACGGCUGCAUCCUCUACUCCAAAAAUCGGAUGAUACUGUAAUUGAUAGUGAUGGUCCUGACGAAAUUGGUCUGAAGCGGUCAUCUCCAGUAGACACCUUCUUGCUCGAUGCGCCUGACUCUGAGUUCGCCCCAGUUCUCGAGCAACUCCGGCGCAGUCUUGAGAAUAUGCAGAGUAAUCAUGCGCAGGUCAAGGGCGUCGAUGAAGCUAUGAAGGACACGCAGGCAGCUUUGGACAACAUCCUAUUCAGGCACGCCAGCGCACAGCAGUACGCUGCGUUCUGAGCUAAAUGGGCCUGUAGACUCAGCUGGCGUUGAGGAUUUUUCAAGUUUUCUGGUAGUCUUGCAUGGCUUAGCGUACAACGUGGAUAAACUGGGUCUGUCUACGAUACUUUUAAGGAGUUGGUGGGAUAUUCAAUACUCUGUAGCAAGACCUGUGCGACAGGGAUGGUCCGCUGCAUGGGCUGUACGAGGCAAAGUACAAAUAGCUUGACUGAAAUUGAAGGUUGACACGCGAUGGAAAGGC